UCCUAUCAAACAGUCACAAAGAAAAGAGAAAAAUAAUUAAGAUGGAGUCAAGUGGUUGUGAUGAAAUUCAGGAGAUAGUGAUAGUAGGUGGAGGCCUUUGUGGACUUGCCACAGCUCUUGCUUUGCACAGGAAAGGGAUAAAGAGUGUGGUAUUAGAGAAAUCAGAAACUUUAAGAUCAGCAGGAGCAGCCAUAGGUGUAUUGCCUAAUGGAUGGAAGGCACUUGAUCAACUUGGUGUGGCUUCUCAUCUAAGAACUACUGCUCUUCCUCUUCAAGGGAUGCGAAUUACAUGGAUGGACAAGGGCAAUGAAAAAUUCACACCAUACAAGAAUAUCGGAGAGGUUCGUUGUCUGAAGAGGAGUGAUAUAGUCGAAACAUUUGCUGAUGCUUUGCCUCCAAAUACUAUACGUUUUGGAUGCGAUAUUGUGUCUGUAGAAAUGGAUCCUAUCACUUUCUUACCGAGUCUUCUACUUUCUAAUGGAAAGCGUAUUGGUGCUAAGGUUUUGAUCGGGUGUGAUGGAUGGAGGUCAAUAGUGGCAAGUUUCCUUGGAUUAAAGCCUGCAAAAACAUUUCGGAAUUGUGCAAUCAGGGGUUUAACAAGUUAUCCCAAUGGUCACUCAUUUCCUCUCGAAUUUGCCCGUCUCAUCAUUGGCCAAACCGCAGUUGGGAGACUACCGAUCACUGAUAAGUUGGUACAUUGGUUUGUUGCUGUUCAACAGGGCACAGAUGCCAAGUUUCCACAAGAUACACAAUUUAUCAAACAAAGAGCCAUGGAGGCAGUAAGUGGUCAUCCAGCUGAUGUACAAGAAAUGAUAGAAAAAUGUGACUUGGAUUCUCUGUCAUUUGCUCACUUGAAAUAUCGCGCACCAUGGGACUUAGUAUUUGGAAAUUUUCGGGAAAAAACAGUAACGGUUGCUGGAGAUGCAAUGCAUGUAAUGGGUCCAUUCCUUGGGCAGGGAGGUUCAUCAGGAAUAGAAGAUGCAGUGGUGCUUGGAAGAAACUUGGCAAAGACGAUUAACGGAAGUUGUUUUGAUCAUGAAGAGGCAUUGGAUCGGUAUAUAAAAGAGAGGAAAAUGAGGGUGGUAAAACUAGCAACACAAUCUUAUCUGACUGCCCUUCUUAUUGAGAAUAGACCAAUGCUCACAAAAAUUGUCGUCGUUGCUGUGAUGGCCAUUUUCUUCAGAAACCAAAAUGCUCAUACUCAAUAUGACUGUGGUCUCCUCUGAUACCAAGUGUUUUGCGCUUUUGUAUCCAUCUUUUGAUAUCUAGAACGCGUGUGUCUACUUGUUCAACUUUUUACAAGUUUAAGAGUGAUCAACUGCAACAAUAGUUGCAGCUUAUUUAUUGUUCUAUGUUUAU